GCUAACUAUAAACGGAGAUUGUUCUCCGUGUACAGUGUUCUUGGUUUUGAGCUCAUAAAAUACGAUGUGUUAAAUUGCAAAGCAUAUUGUGCAAGUAAAUAUGGAAGCAAGGGGGUUAAAUGAGGAGUUCAGAAAUGUUUACCCAUCUGCCUUCGAGGCGCACUCAAGCCGGUCUGCGUCAGAAACUCCGAUGUUCUCCGCGGCGGAACGACCGACUUCGACAAGCGCCGAGUCUCUCACUCCUUACGUUUCUUUUCCAGCCAACAUUGGCACUAGCUCCUCAGUCACUUUUGGAUGUCGUUUCGGAAAUAGUUGUUAUAGUUGCAAAUUUCCACAGAACGCCAUGUUUCCGUCUAGUGUUGUAAAACAAAAUGCGAAUGGACAGUCUGCCAGUAAACCCGUGGACUAUUGUGACGGCUGGCUUAAGGAGUUCGCUUUUUACCAAAGUUACACAGGUUCCUACCCAAGAAUCCACCCUGCCUAUAUUGAUUUACCUGUAGUUCAUAGAACAAUGACCGGAGAUUCCAGACAGGAUACUUGCUUGACAAUGGAAGGCCACCAGCCAUGGAACUGGUCAAACAAUUGCAGCGGUCAACUUUAUUGCUCCAAAGACCAGACGCAGAGCCCGCAUAUCUGGAAGCCAUCAUUAACAGAGGGAACCGCGGGUUCGUUCUGUCAGCGCGGGAGAAAGAAGCGGGUUCCUUACACAAAAUUGCAACUGAAAGAGCUCGAGCGGGAAUACACCAACACUAAGUUCAUUACAAAGGAAAAGAGACGACGGAUCGCUUUUUCUACAAACCUGUCUGAGAGACAAGUAACUAUCUGGUUUCAAAAUCGUCGAGUCAAGGAUAAGAAGAGACCUGAAGUCUGCAAAGAAUUUUAAUCCUAUUAAAGGUCCAUUCGUGCAUAUGCUGAUUUAUAUAGUGAAGAGUUUAGCUCUUUGUUCCUUUUUUAUUAACAAGGGCGAUUUAGCCUAUUAUUUUAUUAUUUAUAUCUUGUUCAAAUAUUUGGAUGUACUCACAUUCAUACUCAGUCGUAGUUUAUUCAGAUAAUUUUAUAUUGGCUUCCAGGUUUGCUGAAAGAAUGUUCAGAUGUUCAAACUGUUUCAGUAGCUUGAGGGUUUUUUUCCCCCAGUUGUUUUUUAUAAUUUAAGUUUUGUUAAACAAUUGGCAUUAGUUAUUUCUACGCCAUAAGCCAGGCUACUGAUCUCUCCUUUCAGUCAAAAUGUUAUGUUUUACUUUUCGUUUCAUGUGAGUGCAGUGUUGUGUAUAGUAGAUUUAUGGAAGGAUCUGUAACAUUAACGCUAAUAAUAAUAAAUAAAUACAUUCAAGCGUAAUGUUGAUUUAAGAGAUCCGAGCGACUAAAAAUAAUUUGUUUUAAACCGUAAGACUGUGGCUGGUUUCCCCGAAGCAAAACGUUAAUAGCGUGAAAAUUGCGGUCUUUAAAUAAUUCCGUAUUUCCGAUUACGUUUGCAUUUAUCAUAGUUAUUAAAGUGUUUUAUUUUAUUUAUUGCCAUUGCAAAGCUACUGUACACUAUUCAACUGGCUUGAAUUUAAUGUUUAACAGUGAUAGACCCACAAUUUUAUGUAGCCCUAUUUUGAGAAACAUAAAUGAAUUUCAAUACAGGAUUGAUAUUCAUAAUAGUAUGGAUUCCACAACUGUUUAGGCCUGCAACGGUCUGUAAAUGUAUUUUAUAGAUGAAUAAAUGGGAACACAUAGGCUACUGGUAAAAUGUAAGCUAUGCCUCAAAUGUCCUCGAAGUCGCUUUGGAUAAAAGUCACAGCUUUUUUUCCAAAUGUGAAUGAAUUAGUAAGCCUAAAUGUAAACACA